AUGGAACCACAACGGCUUCAUGAACACUUACGUGUUUCCAGGAGAGGAGAGCUGCCACACCCCGUCCACCUGGCGCAGGAGCGCGCGCGGCCGGGCCGAAAAGACGAGGACUGGCACAGCUUUGGGCUCAGCUACGCGGAGACGCUGCGCCAGUGGUGGCGGAACAUGCGGGACUUCGAGGGCUACUCCUUCGAAGAGUACCCGGAGCGUUUCAGAAGGCUUUGGAAACAUUACUUGAUGUGCAGCGCUGCCUCCUUCGCCCGAAGGAGGGACGAAACUGUGGCAGAUCGUGUACACGAAGCUGCGGAGCGAGAGGCCAGCGGACCUGUCUCACUACGUGCGCUCGGUGAAGGUAUCCUGAUUUCUCCACCAGGGUCUCGAGGCUCAUUUUAUUCUCACAGGCUGCUUGAUGGCAGGCAGUCUUUCAGGUUCACGUGUUGCUUCACAUGCUCCGUUGCAUUUUGCUCGCCGUAG